UUACAAAAAUUAGAGCAUAUAAUAAUCAAAAACGGAAAUUGAGCAGUUUUAAAGUGUUCAAUAAUGUGUGCCUGAAAGUUUAAGAAUAAAAUUUGCGUUUUCAAAAGUGUUUUCGGCACUGAAAAAGACAUUUUUCUUCGGGCUAUUUUGCCUUCGUUUGCAUCUGCAGGAAGCGUCACAAUUUAUCUAAAAACGAUUUCAGCGUAAAAAAAUUAACUAUGGCACCGCAACCACUCGAACAGGGUGGAGCCGUUACUAGCUUCAUCCCUACCGGACAGGAAAUGACCCAGCGACAAAAUCUAAUUCCGCUGGGCAGGCUAAUCGACUUUAUCAUCCAGCGAACGUACCAUGAGUUAACGGUACUGGCGGAGCUGCUGCCCCGCAAAACGGACAUGGAGCGCAAGAUUGAAAUCUACAACUUUUCUGCUAGUACUCGGCAGUUGUUUAUUCGCCUUCUUGCUUUGGUAAAAUGGGCUAAUUCAGCAUCCAAGGUUGAUAAGUCGGCUAAAAUCAUGGGGUUUCUUGAUAAGCAAUCACUUCUGUUUAUCGACACCGCUGACAUGAUGUCUCGCAUGGCUCGCGAAACAUUGGUCAACGCCAGAUUGCCCAAUUUUCACAUCCCAGCAGCGGUGGAAAUUUUGACUACAGGAACCUACUCGCGGUUGCCAUCGAUCAUUCGGGAACGCAUCGUGCCUCCGGAUCCGAUUACCCCUCUGGAGAAACGACAGACUUUGCAGCGACUGAAUCAGGUUAUUCAACAUCGAUUGGUCACGGGAAAUUUGCUUCCGCAGCUGCGAAAGUUUAAAAUCGAAAAUGGUCGCGUUACCUUUAAAGUUGAUCAUGAGUUUGAAGUUUCGUUAACUGUUAUGGGAGAUGGACCGAACAUUCCCUGGCGUUUACUUGACAUCGACGUGUUGGUAGAAGACAAAGAAACUGGAGAUGGUAAAGCAUUGGUGCAUACUCUACAGGUAAACUACAUCCAUCAGUUGAUUCAAGGUCGUAUCGUGGACAGCCCGGAUGCGUUGGCGGAAGUCUAUAAUUGUUUGCAUUACUUCUGUCAAUCUCUGCAACUGGAAGUUCUCUACACACAAACGCUUCGAUUGAUGCGAGACAGAUUAGAUGAUAACAUUCAUGUUGACGAAUAUAUCCCUGGGACAAAGUUGACUGUUUCAUACUGGCGUGAACUAACUAAUAAGGAUCCAAAAUCGGAGUUAGGAUAUCGUUUGAUGAUUCAAACGGACCAGAACGAUACAACCAAACAAUUGGCUAUUUUACAUAUUCCUUCGAUUGGCAGUAAGGAGGCGGACAUUGCUGAUCGCGCCGUUCGGUCCGAUCUCCUUUCAAUGGAACGUCUUCUUGUACAUACUGUUUACGUCCGUUCCCUAGCUCGUUUGAGCGAUCUAAAAGCUGAAUUCCAACUUUUCCUAAAGGACGUUGAUUAUAACAUUCAAGGAACACCGGCAAUGCUUACGGUUCCGGUGCUGAGUCCAUGUCUACGGGCAGAGCAAAUUUAUAUAACUGUCGAUACACACACCGGGAUGUUACGCUGUCAUGUUCCAAAACAUUUAGAUUGUCCGAUUAUGCCGGAAAUGCAGCUAGCGCUAAACAAUGAUCGUAGCAAAUUGCAACACUUGGUUUCGGAAUUGCGCUUUUGGAUUACGCAAAGACGCUGUGAGAAAACCCUUCAACAUUUGCCAGCCACAACACAGGAAAGGCUUCCACUGGUGUAUCCCGCUGGCCAUCCUAUCGAACGAAUCAAUCCACACAAGGUGUACAUUCAAUUAUAUCGGCAUUCGAAUGUUAUACUGAUUGUCGAACUAAAGGAACGUGAUGGUUGUCCCAAUGAAAUGACCUACAUUUUCUAUUUGGUAUUGGUUAAGCCCUCUUCGGUGGAAGAUAGUCAAUCGCAAGAUGCAGACCAUCACUCAUCUAGCGGAACUGUUGGUUCUUCCAGCCAAUCUGGCCCCGGAUCGGUGCCCUCUGGGGGACCGCCGAGUGUUUCAAGUACAACAGCUGGUGCUAUUUCUUCUUCAUCGGCAAUUGUUACAGCCGAGCAUGACGGAAUGCCGAAAAUGUAUCUUAAAGUACAAUCGUUAAUCGAAUUCGAUACAUUCGUUGCCACCCAUGGUCCAGGCACCUAUGUAGAGGAAACAGCCGGCGGUAUGAAAAGAAAGCUACUGAGCGGAGAAGGUAAUACUCCCUGCAAACAGCAAAAAACCAUCUACCCGGCGUAUUUCAUUCCGGAAUUGGCUCACGUGGUGGCAAUGUGUGACGAGAAGCUACCAUUUGUGGCAUUAGCCCAGGAGCUUACUCGCCGCAGAAUACCACACGGUGGUUUGCAAGUCGAAGCCAAUGCUACAUCUUUGGUGCUUAAACUGUUGACUUUACCACAACCGAAACCUCCGCUCGUGCCGGCAACAGUGGCAUCCAACAGUUCUCAAACUCAGGGCAGCAGCCAGGAUCAAAAACCGCCGGUUGAACCGAAAGUUGUUAGCGUACCGAAAAUUGAAAAGGAUGUCUGGAAUGCGCUUCUUGGACGAUUGCUUUCGGUAUCUGUUCGAGCUCAGAUUAAUAAAGGUAAUCAAACACGAUUGUGGACCACGGAACUGGUAUUCUAUGGCACUCCGUUACCGAGCACUCAUCAUAAAGAGCAAGGAAUGAGAAGAGCAGUCUACUUGCAGUAUGACAUGCUCCCGGUAGAUUCAGUCGAUCGUAUUGUGGAUAUGAUAUUGAACGAUUGGUCGAAAAUCGUCUAUCUCUAUACACUUGUGCAUGAUUUUCGCGAGCAGAUGCGAAACGACAAAUAUAACCUGCAUAAUAUUGUAACCAUCAAAUCUUACAGCUACACCAGUUUGCUUCUGGCCUAUGGACCGAAUAAGGAAGUCAACGUUAAUAUUUACUGGGAUAUUGAGGCAAAGGAGUUUAAAAUGGUGUUCACGGGAGGAAACAGUGCCAUCAAUGCCCAUUCGAUGAUGCGCGAUCAGCUGCAGACACAUUUGAACCACAAUUACGACCUUGCUCAGAUUGUUCAUUUACUGCACGAGACCUACCAACCAUUAAGCUCGAUUGCUAAGUUACCAAUCAUCCCGCAUUUGGCGAUCCUUCAGUCGCCUAAGAUACCGGUUCUAUCUUUCUGUAUUAUUCCGCAGUCACCAACUCUGCUGAGGAUAUCCUUUCAAGGAGUUUAUUGUCUGGAAAUUCGUUUCCGUGGCAGUGGCUUGUGUUCGAUUCGAGAUGGUGCUUGUAGUCGCUUUGAUCGCAGUCACGUGGUCGAAGAAUUUACUCCAACUCAAGGCUUGAAAGGUUUCCUGUCUAAAUACGUUGAUGAAUCUGCUGUGUACCGAAGACGAUCGCAAUCCGAAGAUGAUAACCCACCAUCGCCAAUCACAAUGGAAGAUCCUCAUGGGGGACCGUCUUCGGUUGGAUCCGCUUUUCUAGGCGGUGGUGGUAUGCGAGGUCCUCAAAGUCCUCGCGAUCCCGGCCUACGAUUUGCUGCCCCUCUUACACCGCCAUCUGGUUCGAAUCCGCACACGCCGGCCUCACCGCAUCCCCAAGGAAUGGGAGGGGGCAGUCAAGGCAGCCAAAGUCAUCCCAAUUUCAACAUGACUUCUCCACCAGCUUCGCAUAUGCCACAUCCGUCACCAAGCGGAGGUCUCAUGCCAUCGUCACCGUUGAAUCCGCAGCCGAGUCCCAUGGCUGCUCAUUCGCCCGGCCCCAGCAACAUGCCAUACAUGCAGUCCCAUACUGAUGGAAGCCCAUUUGCAGCUUUGUCGCCAGCUGCUUCCAACUGGCCAGGAUCUCCCGGAAUGCCUAGGCCUUCUCCACGUCCCGGGCAGAGUCCGGACCAUAAACCACAAACAACUCAUCACAACACGUCCCGUGUCCUCCCGGCACGUUCGUGGGCUGGUGCAAUGCCAACACUGCUGACACACGAAGCAUUGGAUACUCUUUGUCGUGCAACCGUCCAUCCACAGAAGGAAAUUCCUGGCCCGGAGCUAAGUCCUUUAGAACGGUUUCUCGGUUCGGUUUUCAUGCGCCGGCAGUUGCAGCGAAUCAUCCAACAAGAAGAGAAUCUUACAGCUAUCACAUCCAACGAACCGGGAGUCGUUUUAUUUAAAGCGGACUACCUGCAGUAUCAGGUGUUCUUGAAUCCGAACCACAUGCAGUCGCUACACAUGAAGAUUUCUCUCGCCCCGUUGGGCCCUAUGGACAACAAGCCGUCAUACCAGUGGACUCCAGAAGAUCUACAGAUUCUUGAACAAUUCUUCGACCAACGAGUGGCCGCUCCUCCCUAUCGGCCAGCCGUCGUUACCAGUUUCACUCGCAUGGUAAAUCUCCCCGCUCAGGUGCUAAAGGAUUUUAUUCAAAUUAUGCGACUGGAUUUACUACCCGAGCUCGGUCAAGGAAACAAAUGGAAUGUACAAUUCAUCCUGCGUAUGCCUCCAUCGGCGACCCCAAUUGUUCCGGUUGGAACCACCACGAUCUUAUCUCAUCGACAGAAAAUUCUAUUCUUCAUCCAAAUUUCUCGGGUACCCUACCUGCCAAACAUGGAUUGGAAGGACACAGUUACUAUGCUGCUCCCGAUGGUCUACGACAUGACAGUGAACCACACACAACUGGCGGAACGUCGUGAACAGGUCACGCAACAACUGACGAGUGCGGUCAGUGCUCAUCUUCGACGAUUUGUCGAGUGUACUGUGCUCCAACCCGGGGAAUGUUCCCUCUUUCCUGCUGUACGAGAUUUACUUAUGAACCUAACACUUCCCAAUGAGCAACCACCGCCAGGACAGAUGCCCAAUCAGAUCGGUCCGAUGGGUGGUAUGGCUCCAGGAGGCGGUCCUGGCCAAAUGGGUGGUCAAAUUGCGCCUUCGCCCGUUGGCGCACAGGUUGUGUCAAGUCCAAAUACGAUGAUGCACUCACCGAUGCAAAUGGGAGCUGCCGGACAACAGCCGAACUACGGUGGCGUGCAGUCGGGAGGUCCCGGAGCUGGAGGACCAAAUUGAGAAGUACUUGAGUGGAGGUUCUAGCCUGUGGGCCCAUGCGAACGUGCGAAUCCCAAGAUUAUACCACCAAAUGGUAACGUAUGAGCAGGGAUAAAAUAAUAAUAUCAAAACUUAGCUACUAGUGUCAAACAUCGUAAAUAGUUUUUCUCUGAAA